AUGAAGGGCACCGCGCUUUUCGCUACCGCUAUGGCGGCUGGUUCCGCCAGCGCCGGCGUCCACAAGAUGCCUCUCAAGAAGGUCCCGCUAUCAGAGCAGCUCAAGCAUGCCAAUCUCGGCGACCACAUGCAGGCGCUCGGCCAGAAGUACAUGGGCGUGAGGCCGCAGAAGCACCUUGAAGAGCUGUUUGGCAACAAGGAGGGAGAGUACUCUAUCCAGCCGGAGAAGAGCAGCGGCCAUCCAGUUGCCGUGAGCAACUACCUGAACGCGCAGUACUUCUCCGAGAUCUCCAUUGGAACGCCACCACAGGACUUCAAGGUUGUGCUCGACACCGGCAGCUCCAACCUGUGGGUGCCCAGCCAGGACUGCGGCUCCAUUGCCUGCUACCUGCACUCCAAGUACGACCACAGCGACUCGAGCACGUACAAGAAAAACGGCUCCGAGUUCGAGAUCCGAUAUGGCUCCGGCUCGUUGUCGGGCUACGUCAGCCAGGACACCUUCCGCAUUGGUGACUUGGAGAUCGAGCAUCAAGACUUCGCGGAGGCGACGUCCGAGCCAGGUCUCGCUUUUGCGUUCGGCCGCUUCGACGGUAUCAUGGGUCUUGGGUACGACACCAUCUCUGUCAACGGCAUCGUGCCUCCAUUCUACAACAUGCUCGACCAAGACCUGCUUGACGAGCCGGUCUUCUCUUUCUACCUCAGCGACACCAACGAUGAGGGUGCUGAGUCCGAGGCCAUGUUCGGUGGUGUUAACAAGGACCACUACACCGGCGAGAUGGUUAAGAUUCCGCUGCGCAGGAAGGCAUACUGGGAGGUCGACCUCGACGCUAUCACCUUCGGCAAGGAGACCGCUGAGAUUGACGACACUGGUGUGAUUCUCGACACUGGUACUUCGCUCAUCGCCAUGCCAACCACCUUUGCCGAGCUGCUCAACCGUGAGAUUGGGGCGAAGAAGUCCUUCAGCGGCCAGUACACCGUCGAGUGCGACAAGCGCGACUCGCUUCCCGACAUGACCUUCACUCUCACCGGCCACAACUUCACCAUCGGUCCGUACGACUACAUCCUCGAGGUCUCAGGCAGCUGCAUCAGUGCUUUCUUCGGCAUGGACAUCCCUGCGCCGGCGGGUCCUCUUGUCAUCCUCGGUGACGCGUUCUUGAGGAGGUGGUACUCCGUCUACGACGUCGGCAACAACGCCGUCGGUCUGGCCAAGGCGAAGUAG